AUGGAGACCGAGGUCUACAGCAACCUUCUGGAGACUAGCGAUGGGCAGGGGACGGGGCUUCUGGAGGGAGGGGACUCGCUGGGGGCUGAGGAGGGCUGGAGCCCCCCCUUACCCCUGGGCUUUCAGGUGUCCCUCACCAGUGUGCUGAUGCUGGAGCUGGUGCUGGGAUUCAGCAGCAACCUGACCGUGCUGGUGCUCUACUGCGCCCAGUCCAACCUGGUCGACUCGGUCAGCAACAUGGUCACGGUCAGCCUGCACGUGCUGGACAUCCUGGUGUGUGUGCUGUGUCUGCCGCUGACUGUGGCGGUCAUCCUGCUCCCAGCAGACGGUAGUGGCGGGGGCAGCCUGGCUACGCUGUGCUGCUUCCAUGAGGCCUGCGUCACCUUCACCAGUGUGGCCACGGCCAUUAAUGUGCUGGUCAUCAGCCUGGACCGCUACGACAUCUCCGUCCGGCCAGCCACACGGCUGUUGACCCCGCGGCGAGCUGCACUCCUCCUGGCCGCUGUCUGGGCCAUGUCAUUGGCCGUCUUCUUCCUGCCCUUCCUGGAGGGGGACUUCUUCUUCUCUGGGGUGGAGGUGGAAGACAUGUGGCAGAAUCGGACAUUGCUGUGUGUAGGGGGGCAGGGCUACCACACGGGGCUGGCCAUGUACUACCACCUUCUUCUGCAAGUGCCCUGCUUCUUCAUCGCCGUCAUUGUCAUGCUGUUCACAUACUACCGCAUCCUGCAGGCCCUCAACAUCCGCAUCGGCACCCACAUCAAGAGGGGCCCACGGGCCUCCAAUAAGGACUCAGGCUGCAGGAUCCGCAGGCGGAGACGAAGGAGGAAGGGGCUGAGUCUGGCCACAGAGGGGGGAGCGACCCCUGCCUCCCAGGCCCCUACCUCCACUGACGCCAUCUCCCCCCCGCCGGUGGCGGCAGACCGCCCAGGUGUCCAGGCCUCUGUGUCAGCCAUCAUUGCCUUGAGGCGGGCCGUGAGGCGUCACCGAGACCGGCGGGAACGCCAGCGGAGAGUCUUCAAGAUGUCCCUUAUCAUAAUCUCCACCUUCCUGGGCUGCUGGGCUCCUCUGUCCAUGGUCAACGUGUUGAUCCUGUGCCUGGGCCCCAGUGACAGCCUGGUACGUGUGAGGCUCUGCUUCCUGGCCAUGGCAUAUGGCACCACCAUCUUCCACCCGCUGCUCUAUGCCUUCACCAGACAGAAGCUGCGUAAAGCGCUGAAGACCCGUGUCAAGAAGAGGGUGGUGUCCCUGCUGCAGGUGGACCCAGCACCCAGCGGGGGAACUGUUAUUCUCAACUCCUGGGUGGAGGGGGGAGGACAGAGGAAGGGACGCAAGCCUCGACUGGAGGGCAGUGACGCCACCAGUAACUGUCUGACAGUGGCUGUGAGAGAAUGA